AUGACAUUAGGUAAUGCAGGAAUCGUAUAUGGCACUCGCGGGGAAGUGUUUGAAGGUGAUCGUGGUAAGAGUUUAAGUGAGUUUAUCUCAUCUAAUUUCAACAUCGAUGACGUAUUUAAGAAGAAAUUAGUGAUGGGUAGAUGUAUAUGCCACGGUAAGAAAGCUUUAGAGACUGAUAUACUACUUGAUAAUGAGCAGCAAGCUGAAAAAUUUAUCGCUUCCAAGGAAUCAAAGAAGCCUCAUGUGAUUUUGAUCUAUGAUAAGCAUAAUGAUGCGGAACCGGUUACUACAGAACCAUCGAAGGAACAAGAGAGUAAGGUGGUUAUUUCUGAGGAACAAUGGGUUGACCUCGUUUCUUCGAUCAAAAAGUUGGAAUUAUCUGUCCUGGAGCAAGCUAAGCCUAAAGCUGCGCCUGAUGGUGUAGUUCAUACAUAUGUCGUUUGCGAUGGUUGUUAUCCGACUGAACAGGAAGAUGCUGUUGAGAUUCAUGGCCCAAGGUUCAAAUGCUUGACUUGUCGCAAUUUCGAUCUUUGUUCCAAAUGUGAAAGUGAAGGUUAUGAAAACUUUCAACAUAAGAGAACUCAUAAUAUGGCUAAGCUCAAUUUGCCAGCUAAGAAUAUAUGUGGAGUAAAGCCUGAGAGCUAUGUCACUAGUAAAGUUUCGGGGAACGAUAAGGAAGUUGUUAUCGAUAUUGCCGAUGACAGGAAGGAUCUGUUUGAUUUGUUCUCAAAAAUGGAAAACUUGGAAGAGAUCGUUCAUGGCUUCAGAUUAUACAAGAAAUGGACCGAAAAGCUAAGUGAAGAGAAGAUCGAAGGGAUCCUAUCAGGUGAAGAAUUCUCCGCCAAGAAUCGACGUUUUGAAGUGGCCAAGCCCGGCAAACUGGAGGUAGAGCUGAAGAAGAAGGACAAGGCAAUCAUUUUUCAAAUGCGCAAUACGGGGGCAAGCACAGUUGCAGGUGGUCUAACUUUAGUAUAUUCCACAUUCAAAGAAGAUGACAAUCUUGACGCAUCCAACGUCACCUGUGAACUGCCCAUGGGACCUCAUGAGCUCUUACCUGGUAAUAGUAAGAUGUUGAAAUUUAACUAUUUCGGAGUUCUUUCUGACAUAUCGAUGGAAACCAAGAGUCAGAUCGCUCUGGUGGACUCUGAGAAAAAUUUCAUUUUUAAAGGUACCAAUAGUGGUAGAGCAGGCUCUCACUUUAUCUUGAAUUCAACUGGGUUAGCAUCGGACGGCAUCGCAGGAGAUUUGCCUUUGUUAAACAGACGGGAUUCAUUGCAAUUGCUAGAGAAAGACGACUCUGAUAGCGUCAUCAGUUCUACAGUCACUAACGACAACGAAACACUUCACUCUGUCUCUGAUCAAGAGACUUCCAACUGGGACGAGUACGAUUUCCUCAGCGAAAGUGAUGUCUGA